UACAUGUGCCCCUUUGAGGUUAUGUUAAAUCUGUUUUCCACAAUAAACAAUUAAAAUAAACAUGACGGAAAUCAAGGAGUUGGUUAAAUUUUUAAACAUAGGGGCCCGAUUGGACUUAAAGGCGUUGGCCCUCGAAAAUAUCCUGGGUUUAACUGGCACAGAGGACGGUUUGAAGUUAAUAUUAGAAAUACCCGAGUUGUGUACAUGUUUGAUAGCAUUACUGUCAGACAGGAGCGUUCCAAUAGCCAAAGAUUCAAGCUUGUGUUUGGUGAACAUUUCAGCCAACGAAAAGGGUGCAAGUAACCUGGUCAAAUUGGACGUGAAGAAGUAUUGUCCUCCGUUACAACAGCCACCGGAAAACCUCAUUAAAACCACCCUUUAUCACGUGUUUGACCCCGAAAGUUACUUAGCUGACCAGUGUUGUAUGAUUUUGUCGAAUCUUACUCGAAAUUCGUGUUUAAUCGAACAAAUCAUUGACACAAUCGAGGAGUCGGGUAGAAGUUUUGACGAUUUGAUUAACAUCUUUACUAAAACCAGCUACAAUAAGCAAGGUGCCAACUUACAUUACUUAGGACCAGUGCUUUCAAACCUGUCACAAAGUUCCAGAGUCAGGAGAAAGAUUUUAGAUAAAGAAAAGUGUGUGAUACAAAGGCUGUUACCAUUUACUGAAUUUAAGGACUCACUUGUUAGGAAAGGUGGAAUAAUUGGCACACUUAAAAACUGUUGUUUUGAAGAGGAUUAUCAUGAAUGGUUGUUGAGUGAUGAGGUUGAUAUAUUGCCCAGUUUGCUGUUGCCUCUGGCUGGCAAUGAAGAGUUUGAUGAUGAGGACAAUGACAAACUUCCAUGUGACUUGCAGUAUUUGCCUGAGGAUAAACAAAGGGAAGAAGACCCUGACAUCAGGUGCUCCUUGUUAGAGGCCAUAACUCAACUCUGCACAAAAAGGAGCAACAGACAACAAAUCAGGGACAAAAAUACUUAUGUAAUACUUAGGGAAUUGCAUAAGUGGGAGAAGGAUAGGAAGGUCCUUUUGGCGUGUGAAAAUCUCGUCGAUAUACUCAUAAGGACUGAAGAUGAAAUUGAUAAGGAUAAUAUCAAAGAUGUAGAAGUUCCUGAAGACAUGACUGAAAAAUUCAUUCAGCAGGACAAUGAAUUUAUUACUGCAACUGAAUAACAGUUUUUUAUAAUUAGAAAAUAUUGUUAUAUAUAAUUAUCAUUGUACUUUUAUUAUAACUGAAAUAAAUUUAUUCUUAGUAUAUUAAAACACAGACAGAAAACCAC